UCGCUGACAAAUGCGGAAUAUGUCCGAGUAGACGAAUGUUCUGUGCAACUUUCGUGAUAUUUACCUUCGAUCUUAUUUAGACGUUUUGUGCAGUUUUUCUUGCUACGUGUGCUACUAGUUUAUUGUCUCAAUCAACAUGGCGUCUAACGACAAAGCAGAGAUGAAAACAGGCGAUCAACAACAACAACAACAACGUACCAGUGAACGUUUUGACAUUUCGUCUGCUAGCAACAUGGCAAAUAUGAAGAGUGCUGAGCAAAGACGAUACAAUAGUGUGCAAGAGUAUUCGAGGACAUUACAACAUUGGUUGUGGAACUAUCAUUGCAUGGCGUCUGCCAGCAGUUUUUAUUCAAUGAUGCCGUUGUACAUGGCAGGUGCAUUACCCCCAGGCGUUGUCAGUCCACAAAGCACAGUGAAUGGACCGACGCAAGGCACACGACACGGUGCGCAGCAGGCAUCAAAUCUGACUGACCAGCAUACAGGUACAGAAUACACAUUACCCUCGGUGUGGAAGAGAUUAGCUGCUGAAGUGAUAGAUUUUUUCAUCUUAUUUUACAUCAAGCUGAUAGUUUCGAUUGGAAUCAUGCGGCAAAUGGGAAUUCUUGAGACAGACCAUGUGGAGCUGGAGGCUUUCUACCAGAGCAUGAUUCUCUCCCCUGAUGAUGUGGAUCUGGACAAGGUCUUUGCUCUCACCUCAGAGAUCAUAGCCCUGGAAGUUGUUAACAGAAUCUGUAUCACAAUCGUGGAGACGUUAUGUUUGCGUCGAGGCAUCGGGGUUGUCGGAGGUUCAACACCAGGCAAGAGGAUUCUGGGAUUGUGUGUGGUGUCAUGUCAAGACGUUGUGGAUCUGGGGAAUGGAAAGGUUCGUGUAAGGCCUGCAGAGAACAUUGGUCUUAAGAGAGCCCUCGUCCGAUCAGUCAUCAAGAACUUCACACUGGCAUUUUUCUUCCCAGCAUGUCUCACCAUAUUCUUCUUUCAUCAUAACCGUGCGGCAUAUGAUGUCAUCGCGGGAACAAUUGUUGUGCAAAAUGUGGAAAACCAAGAACAUCGAUAGCCAGGUGUGAGGGUUCUGUGUUUUAACCACAAGACAAUGAGACAAAAGUCACUGAAGGAAACAUGUUUAAUGAGUAAAGAUGUCUGUUAAUAUUUUGUGUACUAGUCCUUUAUGUGUCAGACAAGAGAGAUUUUAGUCUGUGGAAGCAUUUGGAAAUCUAAAAAAAUCCCACAAAGUUGCCUCCCUUGUUCUGUUCAGCUGAGGAACUGAAUUGUUUUGUAUGAGCUUGUUUUACAUAUUAAUGAAACCUGUGAAUAUUAGAUACUCACCCGUGUGUUGAUUUAUGAUUUCAAUAUGUGAGUAUAUUAACACAGCAUUUACUCCAGUAUGAAAUAGACCCCUGUUACUCAAGAAUAAUAAGACAAGAAGAGACAUGUGCACGUUUUUUCUUAAUAAUACAGAAGGUCUUUGAAGCUUGAAAACUGCACGUACAUGUAGAUACACCUGCAUGAAGCCGUCAUGAUGUAACAAGUUCAUGGCUGCCAUAAUGGGCCAUGGUGGUGCCUACAGUCCAGACAUUGCUACUUGCCGUAGUUGUCGCCUGCUUGUAAUGCUAAGUUGGUUUCAUACAGGUGGUCAUGAAAGAUUCAUUGUUGGGGUGGCAUCAGUCAGUAACCUCGAGUUUUGAGGUUGUUAGUCAUCGGUCACAUAACCUAUUAAGUUUGUAUAAACUCCCUGAUGCAAAACAUUUGUCUAAGGUCAGUGUUCUAAUUAUUUCAAGACCUUGGCACUGUACACAAACUCUGUACUGUAGUUUUACAUAGUCAAUACAUCGCUCACUCAGUCUGUCACCUUAGGACUUUUCAUUAUUUGUAUGGCCAUUUGAGUGCCUCAUAUGUGCGCUAGAUUCUCACCCCCAUCCUCCUCCUUGUAAUAUCCCACACUGAUGGUAAUAUAAGAUACAUUUUUCUUCAGCCAUACCUUUUGCUUUACAUCUCUGCCAUCAAUAGACAAGCUUGACCUUUGGAGCCUGUGACAGACACAUAGGCUUGUUUAGCCUGAGCCUCAUCAAUGUGUCCUACUGUGGAACUAUUUAAUCAGCAUUCAUCAAUAAAACUGUUUUUGGUUUUGCAAGAAUCAUGUUGUACAUCCUCUAGACAAAGAGAAUGCAUCUGUAUGAAGUAUUAUUAGAGAGAAAAAUUGAGCCAUAUUGUUUGCAUUUUCUGACAUCACUUCCUGUCUCAUCAACGGGAUCUCGGCGUUGUUCAAGAUUUCUGUGCAAAAUUUGCUAUCGGUGGCAGCGAUGUGAAGCAAAAGGUAGAGAGUAACGCCUGGGCUGUCACUCGCCUGCCCUCUUCUAUCCAUUUUUCAUGAGCACAGUGUAAGAUGUGACCCUUAUUUAAUACUCUCCAUGAAUAUACCUCCCUAUUCACCCCACCCCCAACCAUGCAAACUGGUUUAACCCUUCCGUCUUUUGUAGUACCUAUAGUGAGUAAUUUUACAAUAUUUCUAAAUGGAGUGUGAAUCGGCUCUUAUCUGAAUGAGUUUGGGUUUGGAGUACCAAGCUUGGGUAGAUAUUCUGAUAAAUCCAGUUUCUGAUAUCCAACAAGUUGGCUGCUCUUGUAUCCCAGUACAGAUUUACGUGUAAAUGACAGUCAAGUCAUUAUAAGGUAAAUAAAGCUUAAUAAAUUAAAGAUCUUUCUGGUUAAUCCACUGAAUAGCUUUGCAUAGUAAAUAUGCAAAGUGUUCAACACUGAAUAAAUUCAUUGUGACGAUCUCAAUAUUUCAGCAUUAAUUAAGUCGUCAUCAGAACUGAUGAUUACUUAAUUAAUAUAUGUGUAAUAUAUUUUAUAUUUUUUUUACUCUGAAUUUCUGACUCUGUAUCCACACUAUAAGCUAGAUCAGAGUCUUGCACUGUUUUUUCUGACUCUGUAUCCACUGUACAAGCUAGAUCAGAGUCUUGCACUGUGUUUUCUGACUAUCCACAAUACAAGCUUGAUCUGAGUCUUACACUGUAUUUUCUGGCUGCUGCUCAUUGUUUUUCAAUAUGUGGUGUAUGGGACGUAUCAAAACGAAAUUUAUAGGAAAUAAAUGAACUAUGGUUACUUUCCGGGACCGGUUAAACACAAGAAGACUGUCACGUUACGUUAGUUCCCACCUUUUUCUCUAAGAGUAUAGUCACCCUCCCAGGCCGAGCGUUACCCUGGUUAAACCAGCAUUGUGUGAUAUUAUUUUCAUUUUGUUAGAGUGUUGGCACCGGUCUGGUGUUUCGCUCGUUGGAUUUUCCUGGGUACAAGCACAUUAUAUUUACAAAAUGCAGAAGGAUGAGUUGAAACGAGUGUUUUGUUUCGCCAUUUCCAAGGCAUAGACAAUGUUACCCAACCAGCUAAGUUCGUAUAAUGUAUUGAAUAAACAAUUUAAUAAAUAUUGUUGAAUAAUCUGUUCAGAAAACAUUGGUUUGUGUUUGGGAAGGUUUGACUGUGGUGUUCAGCGUGGCGCCAUCAUUCAUCAAUGCGGUCGCUGUGAGUUCAUGCUGGUUUUCUUUCCGGACAUACAGUACGUGGGAAUAUCUGUCAGCAUCCUGUAUAGGGUGGCGGAUUUCCCCCGGCAG